AUGGCCGGACACCCCCAGGUCGAAGGACUGGUCGUGGUGAAGCUGCAGAAGUCGGAAGUGGUCGGGCGCUGGAACGCGCAGAAUCCGGAGGUUCCGCUGGAAGUGGGGCAUGUGAUUCUGGAGAUCAAUGGCCUCACCGACAGUGAGAAGAUGUUGGAGCAAUUUGCGCCCGGACGGACGGUGGACAUCCUGGUGAACGUCGUGAUGAAUGCGCAGCACAACCGGAUCCUGUCGCAUUGCUUGCGCAAGCAACGCCUCGCUGCCGCGGUCGAGACGCUCCUCCAUCCUGUGGACAACUCCUCCGAGAACGACGACGACGCGGUCGAGACCUCUGGGCCACCGGUGUGCGCCAUUUGUCAGGAAGACAUGAAGGUGAAGACAUGCUGCAAGAAAUCAGAAGUGGUCUCGCUUGAGUGCAAACAUCGAUUUCACUGCCAGUGUGUGAAGCAGUGGCUUGUGAACGGCCAGCUGCGCUGUCCUUUGUGCAACCAUCAGCUGCAGUUGCGAACGGACACCGACUAG